AUGGCGGAAAAGGUGAAGGGGCCCGCGGGGGGGGGGGUCUUGAGGCCCCCGCAGCUGGCUCGCCCGCUGGCUCCAGUGGGAGGCUCUGAUCAAGGCCCGCCUUCAGGGCAGCAUGGCCCAAUCAGCGACAGGCACGGCGCUUCGGGCCCGCCCCCGCCCCCACGGCCAUAUAAGAUUGGGCCUGGCGGGCCUCCGCAACGCAGUGGUCGCCAGACUUCGGGCCGGGAGUGUGGAAGCCCGGCCGCCGCCUCUGCUGCCGCCUCCGCCGCCGUCCCCCGCCCCCCACAGAUUGAACAUUCUGUGUGCUCGGAAAUUCUUACAGGCGAACUCAGUCAGUGGAUUCAGAUGUCUUUCAAGCAUUAUGCUAUGCAAGAAGCCAAACAGCAGUUUGUGGAGUAUGAUAAGAACAGUGACGGGACUGUGACAUGGGACGAAUACAACAUCCAAAUGUACGACCGUGUGAUUGACUUUGACGAGAACACUGCUCUGGAUGACACGGAAGAGGAGUCCUUUAGGCAGCUUCAUUUAAAGGAUAAGAAGCGAUUUGAAAAAGCUAACCAGGAUGCUGGCCCUGGUCUGAAUCUGGAAGAAUUUAUUGCAUUUGAGCACCCUGAGGAAGUUGAUUAUAUGACGGAGUUCGUCAUUCAAGAGGCUUUAGAAGAACAUGACAAAAAUGGUGAUGGCUUUGUUAGUUUGGAAGAAUUUCUUGGCGAUUACAGGCGAGAUCCAACUGCAAAUGAAGAUCCAGAAUGGAUACUUGUUGAGAAGGACAGAUUUGUGAAUGAUUACGACAAGGAUAAUGAUGGCCGGCUCGAUCCCCAAGAGCUUUUGUCAUGGGUAGUGCCCAAUAAUCAGGGCAUUGCACAAGAGGAAGCUCUUCAUCUAAUUGAUGAGAUGGAUUUGAAUGGUGACAAAAAGCUGUCUGAAGAAGAGAUUCUGGAAAACCAAGACUUGUUUCUUACCAGUGAGGCCACGGAUUACGGCAGACAGCUCCAUGACGCCUAUUUCUACCAUGAUGAGCUGUAACUCCUGUGUGCCCAGUGCAGGAGCACCAUUACGGAGUUCCUUCAACACAACUGGACAAUUGCACUAGCUGCUCCGACGCCCAAGGACCCUCUUUCCCGAGAUCCACAGGGUCUUCCUCCCUCCCUCUCUCCCUCCCUCCCUCCCUUCCAUCCAGGUUGAGGUCUCCCGUUAAGCGCUUCCAUCCUCACACAUCCGUGUGUGGAGUCCCAGGCCCUAAGCGCUGGUCUUACUUUUUUUGUACUUGUCCCCUCCAAAUCUGCUACAAUUCUUACAUGAUGUGCACCACUGCCCGUUUUCCUUCACUGGGAUGGAAGAUGAAGACCCCAGAGGGUAUGGCUCUUCGUUUUUCUUUCAUGUUUCUCAAGCACCUAUGACUCAAACAUAAUAAAUGUUCCCUAAACAAUUCGGGAGGAACGAAGAAAGGGAGGAUUUGUUGAGGCCCUUGCAUUCUACCACUACACUGGACUAUUUUUGUCUUCCUCUCCCAGAAGCUACGAAGUCUGCUUUGGGCAAGCAGCUGAGCUUCUAGCAGUCUUUUAUAUAUAUACUAUUAGAUGGGGUUAACGAGUUAUUAGAUUUACCCCAGAUGUAGAUUAAAUGAGCUUCUAUGUUGGAAUCAGUACCUAGCACACACAGUCUUUGCUACAUUAGCUGUUGUUAUUGUUAGUAUUGAGCUGUCUUCUAGGACAAAAAUAGCAGACCCUGAGUGGAAAUGAAUGAAUGGUGCAUGUUCUAUUUAGGUUUCUAUUGCCGUGCUGAGUCACCAUGACCAAAAGCAAGUAGGGAGGACAAGGUUUAUCUGGCUUACUCCUCCACAUAUAGUCAAUCACUGAAGGCAGUCAGGACAGGAACUCAAGCAGGGCAGGAACCAGGAGACAGGAGCUGAUACAGAGGCCAUGGAGGGGUGCUGCUUAGUAGCUUGCUCCCCAUGGCUUGCUCAGCCUGCUUUCUUACAGAACAUAGGGCCAUCAGCCCAGGAAUGGCACCACCCGCCCUGGGCUGGGCUCUCUUCCAUCAAUCGCUAAUCAAGAAAAUGCCCUAGAGGCUUACCUACAACCAGAUCUUAUGGAGGCAUUUUCUCGAUUGAAGUUGAGAUGACUUUAGCUUGAGAUCACUUUACCUCUCAGAUGACUCUAGCUUGUGUCAAGUUGACAUACAACUAGCCAGCACAGUGCAUGAGCUCAUGUAUGGCUAACAAGCAAAAGCUGGGAGGCAGGAGGGAACAUGAAUGAAUCAUGGACCACACAGAAGACUGUGAGACUGUGCCAGGUGGGAAGAGGCAGGCAUGGAUAAAUCCUGCGGGAUAUAAAAGCCCACCUAGGAACUGGGCCUGCUUGGGGAAGAGUACAGAGAGUAAAUGUUCACAAGGCCCACAUGGGAAAGGAUGCCAGAGUUGAGGUAGGCGGGUGUGCACUCAUGUGGAAAGGAAAGACUCUGCCCUCUGAGCCCACGGCCAUUAUCAUCAUCAGAGGAGCUAGGACUACUGGCACGGGGCCUCAGAACCAGGCUGUUUAUAGUCUCUCAUGGAAGUCGAUAAACAAGUCAUUAGACCCUCAGAUUCCAGAUCCCCCUUCAUCCAUCUUCCUCCCAGCUGUAAAGAACUCUGCCCAAGCUACACAUGGUCUUGGGAGUGACAGAGCACACGGUGAGAACUCCACCUGAGGAAGUAGGUGCUCCGCCUGAGGAAGUAGGUGCUCUGCCUGAUGAAGUAGGUACUCCACCCGAGGAAGUAGGUGCUCCACCUGAGGAAGUAGGUGCUCCGCCUGAGGAAGUAGGUGCUCCACCCGAGGAAGUAGGGGCUCCACCUGAGGAAGUAGGUGCUCCACCUGAGGAAGUAGGUGCUCCGCCUGGGAAGUCGGCAUCCGUUAUGGAGUGAGACUUUCCAGGGAAGCGGACAUUUGCUGACAUCUCCAUAAGGGAAGUUCACGAAACACUUGGGAAGAACAACUGUAGUAGAAACAGAGGGUGAGCACAUUGGGGGGCAGAACUAUCAGUGAGACUAAUAAGACUUUCAUCAUUAAGAAGCAAACCUACCAGCGUCUUCAAAGCAAGAGUAGAAAGGCCCUCUCCACGCUCCACCAGCAGCAAAAUUUUAAGCCAUACAAAUUGGACUGAAUCUUCCCUACCAUGAAUUUUAAAUAUACUUUAAUUUUUAUUAA